UUAAUGGGUCCUCUGCCUCAUCAGACACUCCAUCCUUCUCUCUCUCUUUUCCUCAUCUCUCGGUAGGCCAACAUGCGUUCGGCAACAUGGGCAGCCAUGGCCAUCGCCAGUGCCCUGAUCCACCUAAGCAUGCUAACGGAGGUCUCCUCUUCUGCAGCCUCUGAUAGGAUCACAGAGCUACCCGGCCAGCCCCCUGUGAAUUUCCGGCAAUUUGCUGGGUACGUUACAGUCGAUGAGGAGAGCCAAAGGGCUCUCUUUUAUUACUUUGCUGAAGCAGAAAUCGAACCAUCCUCCAAGCCCCUCGUCAUCUGGUUCAAUGGAGGGCCUGGUUGCUCGUCCCUGGGUGUUGGGGCGUUCUCUGAGAAUGGUCCAUUUAGGCCCAGUGGCAAUGUGUUGGUGAGAAAUGAAUACAGUUGGAACAUAGAGGCCAACAUGUUGUUUGUGGAAGCACCAGCAGGAGUUGGGUUCUCUUAUUCAAGAAACAUCUCUGACUAUGAAGGAAUGAACGACGAGAGAACAGCUAGAGACAAUGUAGCCUUCCUUGAACGUUGGUUCAUCAAGUUCCCAGAGUACAAGGACAGGGACCUCUUUAUUACAGGCGAGAGCUAUGCAGGCCAUUAUAUUCCUCAGAUGGCUGAGCUUCUCCUUCUGGCGAACAGGAAGCAGAAGCAGUUCAAUCUUAAAGGCAUUGCUUUGGGUAAUCCACUUCUGGAGUUCUAUACAGAUUUUAACUCGAGGGCAGAGUUCUUUUGGUCUCAUGGACUGAUAUCAGAUUCGACAUACAGAAUUUUCACACAGGGCUGCACUUACUCACGAUACGUGAGCGAGUUUUACAGGGGAAACGUGUCCUCCAUAUGUUCUCGAGUCAUGAGCGUCGUGAGUAAGGAGACGAGCAGGUUCGUUGAUAAAUACGACGUCACUCUUGAUGUCUGCACUACAUCCCUUCUAAUGCAGUCUCUGGCUCUGAGGCCCAUGCAAAUCACAGAGAAGAUAGAUGUGUGUGUGGAAGAUGAAACUGUUAACUAUCUCAACAGACAGGAUGUUCAGAAGGCUCUGCAUGCUCAACUUGCCGGAGUGACCAGAUGGGAAGUUUGCAGCAGUGUCCUGGAUUAUAAUAGGCAAAAUCUGGAAAUCCCGACUAUUUCUCUGCUGGGUACCAUUGUUAAGUCUGGUAUCCCUGUCCUGGUUUACAGUGGAGACCAAGAUUCGGUGAUUCCUUUGACUGGCAGUAGGACGCUGGUUAAUAGAUUGGCAGCUAGUUUAGGACUCAACACGACUGUGCCUUACAGAGUUUGGUUUGAAGGGAAGCAGGUUGGUGGGUGGACACAAGUGUAUGGUGAUAUUUUGUCCUUCGCCACCAUUAGAGGAGCUUCUCAUGAAGCUCCUUUCUCGCAACCAGAAAGAGCUUUGGUGCUUUUCAAGUCCUUCCUGCAAGGCAGUCCACUUCCUGAAACUUUCUAAUGAUGCUCAGAACUUGGUUUCCUUUCUGAUCCACUGAUCAAUUUUUGACUGCAAGUGUGUGUAUGCAAGAAAGGCUUUCUGUCAUGAUGUGUCUGAGAAAGUAAAACUGUCCUUCACAUUUCAUUUCACUGGUUUAACAGAGUAAUGAGAGGUUUAAAAUGUUAGAAGGACACUUGGCUGCCAAUGAAGCUUGUGAAUCUAAUGCGUGAAGUGGAUUAUAUUUUUUUGGUUCUUUAA